AGUCAUCUUCCAAGCCUGAGAGAGGGUGCCUUUUAAAAAAAUCAAUUCACCCUGCGUCCAGAUGGCUUCCAGAACAGAGCCGGGCUCGCAGCUCUUACUACUACCAGUAGUACUAGCAUCCGUCGCUUUACUCCCCGCCGUAGAUCCGCUUAUCGUCGCCAGCAAAGAUCAUGUUCGCUGCUCGUCCCGUCCCUCUCUUCGGGGACCUUAAUUCGCGCCACUUCCGUGCAGCGCUGUGCCUCGUUCUCUCCGCCGCGCUCUGCGCGCCGACGUGCGCAUUGCGCGCCUUGGGUGCCGCCGGCGGCGCCCCCCCCGCCGUCGCCGCGCCGUCAAUAUCGGCGGCGCUGUCGGGCGCGUCGUCGGCGGCGCAGUCGUUCCGCGUGUCGCUGCUCGUGCUCAACGCCACGGGGCUGCUCGCGAAGCUGCCCGCCCUCGCGCCGCUCACUCUAUUCGCGCCCACCGACGCCGCGUGGCGCGCCGCAUUCCACGCUCUCGCGCUCUCUUACAUCCAAGACGAGAUCCCCCGACCCCCUCCUGUUGCCCUCGGCGUGAGCCCUGGAGGCAGUGCGAACGCCUCCGAUACGAUCAGCCUCCCCACGUCGACAUCCGGGGAUGCCGCCGCCGCUGCCGCCGCCGGAGGCCCUCCGGGAGGCGCCGCUUCUGGUAGCGACGGGGCGAGCGUGGCGAUGGUUCCCGCCAGUGGCGUCCCCGAAGCAGACUUGUCACCGUCCGGAGCAAACAUUUUUCUGCCAGGCGGCCCGAACCUGACAACCUCCAGAUUUGAUGAGUUGGACAUUUUCCCCGUCAGCCGCAACACGUCCAUCGACCCGUUGCGCCUCGACCCGCUUCUCGCCGCGCUGAGCGCCGUGUUUGCUGGCGACGGGUCGCCCGCGUCGCUGGCGGCGCUGGCGAAAGAGCGGCCCGAAGCGCUGAAGGCGCUGGCGGACCUCCUCGCGUUCCACGUGGCCACGGCCGCGGCGCUCAACGCGGCGGCCAUCGCGGCGCAGUACGCGGAGGUUCCCGACAACCUGACGACGCUGAACGGGCAGGGGCUGUGGAUUAACUACAACGCGAGCGAGAAGGCCACGCAGUUCUGCGCGUACUCGCCGGCGCAGCGCGCGCUGAUGGAUACGGCGGAAGCCGUGGGGGUCCGUGGGACUCUCUACUACCCGAACGGCACCACAGUAGACGCUAACGGAACCGUCAACUUUGACGGCGCGAGGGGCGCCGGUAAGGUGGACGCCAACCAGAACCUUUAUUACCCGAACGGCACCAUAACAACCGCUAAUGGAACUGUCAUUUGGGCGAUGAGUGUAUUAGCAGGCAACUUCUCUACUCUGUCGCCCGCCAGCUCCUCGACCGCAUCCAACCGCUCUGCGAGUGUGCAAAUGGUCGAUGCCAUUGACCCGCUCCCCCUACCCCAGGUGGACCGCGUCCCGGGGGACAACAUGGGGGCCGAGAUGGGGGGCGGGGUGAAGCUGGGGGCCAGGGGGAGCAUGGUCUGGAGCGGGUUGAGGGGGGGGAUGGGGGCGAGCUGGGGCAACUUGAGCACAGAGGUUCAGCGGUGGUGGGGCUGGAUGGGGGAGUGGGCGGCGCAGAGAGUGCCCGGGAUGAACAUGAGUGGAGGGGAUUUCUUCGCGUGGGUCAAAGGGCCCUCAUACGGAUGGGGGUCAGACUGCGCCACGAGGACCGAGGCCGGCAGCGACAUGAACGUGGCGCAGGUGGUGCGGGCCGAUGUGAUGGACAGCGAUGGGGUGGUGGUGCAUGGCGUGGAUGGGGUGCUCUUCCCGCACUUCAGGGACCUGCCCGGGUUCAACGGGAGCAGUGGUGGCAUACCCCUGCCUUUUGGCGUUGUGUUUAUCGUGCCAAAUGCGUCCCUUUGUGGCGGAGGCCAUGGCACCGUGAAAGGGACUGCUGGUGGCGCUUCUGAUGGGCAAUCUAAUGGGGAAGCUGGUGGUGCUGGUGGCAGUGCAGGGGCUAGUAGUGCUGGUGCUGUUGCUGGCGGGUCUAACAGCAGUAGCAGCAGCAUGGAAAGCGAGGGCAGGGGUACGGCGAGUGGUUUGCCAGCAGCGACAGCUGGAUCACCGCCUGCCAGCGGAUCGCAAAUCAAGGCUGCAGCUGCUGGGUGGUCACCAGGCGCACUCACUUUCUCAGCCUACAUCCUGGCUGUGGCCUUCACCAUUGUUGCGGUGGUGUAGGAAGCACACCAUAUUGCCUAUACUCCAGCAAUGCAGCUACUCCAGCAACGCAGCUAUUGUCCUCACCUAACCAUCAGCAUAUCGUAGCUGAUGGUGCCGCACUAUCCUGGCCACUCUAUUGCCGAUUUCUCAAGCGAACUACCCUCACCAAAACUGUAGCCCCCAUACACUAACAUAAUAGGUCUAAUCAAAUUAAUGGAAAAUAUUAUG